AUGCUCUGCGCAUUUGAAAGAUCGCUGAGGCUCUUGAGCCUCGGAGAGAAGCUUUUCUCGGAGCUGACGCAGAGGGCACUGGCUGAGCUGGCGAAGACGACGCGCGAUGCGCAUGAAAGGCCGGGUCUGAAUCCGCGCCUUGCAGAUGCCAACAAAGAAGUCGAACUUCAGGAGUUGGUCGAAGCAGAAGCGCAACGUCAUGCGGAUGCUUUGCAGACCUGCAAGGAGGACCGGGAAAGAAUGGCGGCAACACUGCGCGAUGCGUGUGCCAGCUUCGUAGGCCGCUUGACCAACGUCGCUGAAGUGUCCAUGCGCCUUCUGGAUCUCCUGCCGCUCCAUAGCCACUUCGGGGCCUUGCCAGGGGAUGAGAAGGUGGAGCCGCCGAGGAUGUCCAUCAAGCGCCGGCUUCGACGCCUAAACGCCGAGGAGGAGAAGCCCCCUGAACCGGUGCCGAAGGCGGCAGCCAAAGGAAAGGCCGAGCCCAAGGCGGCGGCAGCACCAGUGGCUGAAGAGCCCAAGCCCGGCCUCCCUGAGCGGCAGUGGGUCGGCCUUCCCAAGUAUGAGCUGCGUGCUCUUCUUUGUGGCGGCGGCUGGCCAACAGACCCUGUACUCAUGGAUGACGAGAUCCUCGAUGAGAACAAGGUGCAAGAGCUUACGGAGCCAAUGAAGUCGUUCCGAUCGCCGGUGCAUCGAAGCAUCGUGGAUUGCCGACUUCAGUACUAUGAGCGCUACAAGAAGCAGUUUUCGGCAGAAGUAUCGCGCUGGCAUGCAGAGAUGUCGGCAAGAGAAGCCAAAGAAGAGGCUGGAGAGAAGAACUGGCAAUCAAUGAUUCGGCAACUUCGUGGUGAGUGA